CGUGCUCCACCUCGUGCUCCACCACGUGCUCCACCUCGUGCUCCACCACGUGCUCCACCUCGUGCUCCACCACGUGCUCCACGUGCUCCACCACGUGCUCCACCACGUGCUCCACCUCGUGCUCCACCACGUGCUCCACCUCGUGCUCCACCACGUGCUCCACCACGUGCUCCACCUCGUGCUCCACCACGUGCUCCACCUCGUGCUCCACCACGUGCUCCACCACGUGCUCCACCACGUGCUCCACCACGUGCUCCACCUCGUGCUCCACCUCGUGCUCCACCACGUGCUCCACCACGUGCUCCACCACGUGCUCCACGUGCUCCACCUCGUGCUCCACCUCGUGCUCCACCACGUGCUCCACCUCGUGCUCCACCUCGUGCUCCACCACGUGCUCCACCACGUGCUCCACCUCGUGCUCCACCACGUGCUCCACCUCGUGCUCCACCACGUGCUCCACCUCGUGCUCCACCACGUGCUCCACCUCGUGCUCCACCACGUGCUCCACCUCGUGCUCCACCUCGUGCUCCACCACGUGCUCCACCUCGUGCUCCACCACGUGCUCCACGUGCUCCACCACGUGCUCCACCACGUGCUCCACCACGUGCUCCACCACGUGCUCCACCACGUGCUCCACCUCGUGCUCCACCACGUGCUCCACCACGUGCUCCACCACGUGCUCCACCUCGUGCUCCACCACGUGCUCCUCCACGUGCUCCACCUCGUGCUCCACCACGUGCUCCACCACGUGCUCCACCACGUGCUCCACCACGUGCUCCACCUCGUGCUCCACCACGUGCUCCACCACGUGCUCCACCUCGUGCUCCACCACGUGCUCCACCACGUGCUCCACGUGCUCCACCUCGUGCUCCACCUCGUGCUCCACCACGUGCUCCACCACGUGCUCCACCACGUGCUCCACCACGUGCUCCACCACGUGCUCCACCACGUGCUCCACCUCGUGCUCCACCACGUGCUCCACCCGUGCUCCACCGUGCUCCACCACGUGCUCCACCUCGUGCUCCACCUCGUGCUCCACCACGUGCUCCACCACGUGCUCCACCACGUGCUCCACCACGUGCUCCACCACGUGCUCCACCACGUGCUCCACCUCGUGCUCCACCACGUGCU